CUUCACCGAAGGGCCAUAACUGUUUUUUCAAGCUUUUCUUACUAUUGAUUUUGGCAUCGAAGCCUCCCUUGCUUGUUCAUCUUCCUCGUUGCGCUGGUCAUACAUAAAUUCUGUGCUACCUCUCUCAGUCACCAAACUGAUUUUCCUCCCUGCUCCAGGCUCCAGAGGAUAAUAAUUUCACAGCCUUUGGUUUUGUGGAUUAAAGUUCCUCAACUUGCUUUGGUGGAGUUAGGGUUUACUAAGAGGUCUGACGAUUAUGUUUGCUUCUCAAGUAUCAAGAAUUGGAGUUUUGAUACUGAAACAGCUCUCCAGAGGCAAAUCCGCAUCUAUAACCAGAGCAGGAUAUACUAGUAAUUCUUACAGACAUUACUUGCAACCUCUGUUUGAUCAACAAUCUGAAACUAAUUUGUUGCGAGGAACCAUCUUUGAGAAGCAUCGUCUUUUUUCUACCAGUAGUGCCAGCCAUUCUUCGAAUGAAGGGAUUGAGCAGAAAGAAAAGAUAUCUGUGACAUUUGUUGAUAAGGAUGGAGAGGAAAAACAUAUCAAGGUUCCUACUGGAAUGUCUAUGCUUGAAGCUGCCCAUGAAAAUGAUAUAGAACUUGAAGGAGCGUGUGAAGGUUCACUUGCCUGUUCAACAUGUCAUGUGAUUGUGAUGGACGUGGACUAUUACAGCAAAUUAGAAGACCCAACUGAUGAGGAAAAUGAUAUGUUGGACUUGGCCUUUGGACUCACUGAAACGUCUCGCUUGGGUUGUCAAGUCAUUGCAAAACCUGAACUUGAUGGAAUUCGUUUAGCAAUUCCAGCUGCCACCCGAAACUUUGCUGUCGAUGGCUAUGUUCCAAAACCACACUAGAGAUGAUGCACCUGAACUUGGUGGAAAUUUUUAAGCUAUUCCUGCUGCCACCCGAAACUUUGCGGACCACAAUAACGGUGAUGCAAUUUUGUGGAAUAGUUGGUUGAGUGUAGCGUGUUGCAUCCCAGUUUUGUAGCUCCUGUAUUUUAUUGGACCAAUGAGCACGACUUGAGCUCUAUUUUUAUUUAUGGAUAAUGAUAGGGAAAUUAAAAUUUUAAA